AUGGAGGAAAAAAAAUACCAAGAAGAAGCCAAAAAGCGGAUAAAUAUUAAUUGCCUAUAUAGUCAUUUCAAGGACGCUCCUCAAAAACUAAAAAUUGUUUGUGAUUGGGACGAAGUAAUCCAACCAUUAGAACCCAAAGCAUAUUAUGAAUUAUCAGAACGUGAGGAUAUGGUAAAUAGUUGUCUAAGUGAAAGUGGUGGGUUCGCUCUUAGUGUGAGAAGUAUCAAAAGUAAAGUCGAGAAAAUUAAAAAUGAACCUGAUUUUUAUGAAAAAGCUCCUUUUUUAACCAUCGCCAAAGAGUUAUUAAUGCUAACUAAGGAAAAUAAAGUAGAACAAAUUAUUUUUUUAUCUGCCUAUAAUAAAAAAGAUUUUGCAAACGGUGACCCACGCAAAAAGAAAAUAUUUAGCGAAACUUUUGGCAAAUUUUCUAACUGUUCUUUAAAUUUAAUCGGAUUUGAAAGUGAGGAAAAUGCUCCUAAUUGUGAUAUCGUAAUUGUUGAUAACCCCAAUAUUCUUGCUAAUGUAUUAAAAGAAAAUAAAAAAAUUACUGCUUUGGCUCCCUAUUAUUCUCCAAAUAUCAAACACCACGAAAACGUGUUAUUAGUUAAAACCUCUCUCAGUAAUUUAAAAAAAGAAGACUUUCAAUAA